CAGCAACAAGAAGUGAUUGAUGAAUUGAAAAAUAGGCUCACUUCAGCCCCCAUUCUUACUCAUCCUCAAGACAACGUUGGAUUUGUUUUGUAUACAGAUGCAUCACACUUUGCUUUUUGUGCUAUUUUAUCUCAGUCUGAUAAUAAUGGGCUUAAAGAUGUUGUGGAGUAUGCCAGUCGAUCAACAAAGCCUGUUGAGCAGAAGUACAUAAUAAUUGAAUUAGAGUGUACCACUAUUGUUUGGGCUGUAAAGAAGUUUCACCAAUACCUCUACAGAUUCCAAUUUACAAUAGUAACUGAUCAUAUGGCUUUGACCUACCUUAACAAUAUGGCUAACCUUACCAGUAGGAUG